CCUCCCUCUCUCCAUCCUCCUCUCCCUGGGGUGAGCGUGGCAGGUGCCGCGGGGGCGAGCCGGGGCGGGGCCAUUGAGAGGCUGUACUCAUCGCACCAACUGACUAGUCUCCUCCAUCCUCCUGAGCUCCCACGACCUAAUUCCAUUGCAGACACAAAACCUGUUCUUGGUUUAGCCCGCCAAGGGGGCCAUCGACGGAGCGCACUGGCGCCGAGCAGAGAAGCGAGGGGCCCCGGGCCCCGGGCUCCUGUGACCCGGCUGCUGCUGCCGCUGCUGCUGCUGCUGCUCCCGCUGCCCGCGGGUGCCUGGUACAAGCACGUGGCGAGUCCCCGCUAUCACACCGUGGGCCGGGCCUCGGGUCUGCUCAUGGGGCUGCGCCGCUCGCCCUACCUGUGGCGCCGAGCCCUGGGCGGGGCCGCUGGAGCGCUGUCCCCCGACGCUCUGGCCCCGGGACCGGCCUCCGCUAACGCUCUCCUGCUCCCUUCGCCGGGGCAGGAGCUGUGGGAGGUGCGACGCGGGAGCUCGCGGCCAGGGCUUCCCGUCCACACUCCCCGGAGUCCCCGGGACCUGGAGCGGACCCGCCAACCCCAGCAGUCGCUAAGUCUCCGUUCCCGGCUCUCAGAGGAGUCCCCUAGAGCCUUCUUUGGAGAGACGCUUCGCGCCCAGCCAUGGUUCCUACAGCAAAUCGUCAUUGCCGACCCUAUCAGACUGGACGACGGUCCCAAGAAGCUAUGGCGCCCCAAUGCCUGACCUAGGCAGGAGCACAGCUUGUCGCUCCAGCCAGGCCUCGUGGUCUGUCAAUAAAACCAGCCCGAUUCCUCCGCC